CAGAUGUUAUGAUUUAAAGACAAAACCAAGUCACAGCUAUUCUGAUAACAAAACAAGAAGAUGUCAACAUCGAUCAUAAGAUAGCCAAAAAUUAAAAAUGGACGAAGGCAGUGAGAAAAUUUUGAACGAUUAUGUCAGCAUACCGUUAAAUGAUUCUAAACCAGAAAUUUAUGACAGUCGGAAUGAGAGUUUUUACAAUAAUCUAACAUAUUAUGAACAGAAUUUCUCGUAUUCCAACUUCAGCUCUAUAGAUUUUUGUCCAAAUUUUUCUCAUGUCUUUAUCAACGUCACAUGCGAGUUUCCUAUCAGUUAUGCCGAACCUAUGUACGGAUACAUCGCUCCGUUUCUUCUGGCAACAACGAUAGUCGCAAACACCCUGAUCGUGGUUGUUCUGUCCCGUCGACACAUGCGUACACCAACAAAUGUAGUUCUAAUGGCAAUGGCACUAUGCGAUAUGUUCACCAUGCUCUUCCCGGCGCCCUGGCUUUUCUACAUGUAUACCUUCGGCAACCAUUACAAGCCUCUUGGUCCCGCUAGGGCCUGCCAGGCGUACAACUACAUGAAUGACGUAAGUACUGCGAGGCUGUUACCGCUGCCACGUAUUCUGUUCAACAGAGAUGCUGAUCUUUUGCGCAAGACUGCCAUGAAGCUAUCCACACGGGCUUCAGCAAACAUGGCAGAAGCACUGCAAAACCGCGGCAGCCGCAUCAGCGUCCUGAAGGCGUUAUUGUAUUGCGUGCGCAUGGCCCUGAGCGAGACUUGGGUAUAG